AUGUCAAACGUACCCCCAGAUGACUUUCCCGCACUCUCAAGUGCCACGCUCCCUGCUUAUCCUGGGCAAGCGACUCUCCCAGAGUACAGCCCCCGCAGCGCCAUUGUGCGAUUUGGGAUCAUGCUCGCCAGUAUCCGUCCCUCACACCCUGGGCAUCAUGAUCCCAUCCUCGAAGUUGGUGCACCGUUGGGUUCACCUCCCAUGCACUCACAGGUGUCCAUGGUUCUGAUCGCCGACCCACCACCAGCCUAUAGAGGUCCUUCCCCUCUCCCGCCACCACCAGAUACGAACAGCGCGCCUCAGUAA